AUGAGCCAGACCUGCAUCAUCGCGCAGGCCGACUUGACGGUCGAGAAGCCUAACUUCCACAACAUAUUCUGCGACACAUUGCAGACUUGGGCGCGCCUCCCAUUCCCGACGAGCCCGCGCAAGCUUGUUGGCAUGAGUCCCGAAGACAUGGAGUAUUACAAAGACUGCUCGACUGCUGGCGCGAUCAAGCAGCAGCUCGGCAACUACUUGGACGAGUACCGCGACUUCGGGAAGAUCAAGCUUUACAGAGCCAAGGGAGCAAAUGAUCCUACAACAGGCGCGCCUGUGCGGGUGCCACAGCCAAGGGGCGACGAGAUCAAGAAUCACGAGUUCGUGCCGAAGAGCGCGUGGCUCUUCGGUGAGACUACGGAGGGCCCCGCCACCCCAGAGACGAUGACCGGCGGCGAUAUCAAGUGGCCCGACAGCGACGAGCCGACAUCAGGCCACAAGACGAGCGAGGACGGCAGCGCAAACACAGUGUGCUGCUUCUUCCAGGAGAUGGACGAUUGGCUGGCCAUCAAGCUGCCGCCGAAGACGGUCGACAUUUCGAGCCCUGGCGGACGCGGCGCGACCAGCCCGCCGCACAACGUGGUGGUGCUCAAGAAGUGCAUCGCAUCGAGUAUGAAGUGGAAGCACCAGGGCAAAGUGGAGAUAUCGAACAUCCGCAUCUACCGCGCAGACGAACACGGCCAAGCAGCGGGGCCUGCGAUGGAGGGCAACAUCAUGAUCAGCACGACGAACGUCUACGUGGCCGCGCUCUACCCUUCGACAGAGGUGGAGGUCUACAUUCAGAUCGGUACCAAGCAGAUCAUCAGCCUCGACAGUGGCGACGACGGUGAGGGCCCGCAGUAA